AUGAGUUUGAAUGAGCUGAAGUCAAAGGACUUAAAGUCCGAAGCAGAACCCAAAAAAAGAAAGCCUUUGUCAAGACUUCCUGUUGGAGGCCCGGACUACUCUAAGCAAACACUGAAAAGGAACCCCAUUGAGUUUUUGACAUGGAAGUCUGUUGUUGUGUUUGUCAUAUUUGGGUCUGCCCUCACUUAUGUGUUCACUAAUGAGAAAGAAAAGCUCAAGCUAAGAAGGGAAGCCGAACAAAACCGGGGAAUGGGUAAACCCUUAAUCGGUGGGCCAUUCAAUCUGAUUGAUACAGAAGGAAAGCCAUUUACACAGGAAAAUCUGAAAGGUCGGUUUUCGAUUAUCUACUUCGGAUUCACAAAUUGUCCUGAUAUCUGUCCUGACGAACUAGACAAAUUGGGCUUGAUUUUGGACGGACUCAAAUCAAAGUACAACAUCGAGCUUCAGCCAAUCUUUAUUACCUGCGAUCCAGCAAGAGAUUCACCACAGGUUAUCAAAGAAUAUUUGAAGGACUUCCACCCAUCGAUUAUUGGGUUGACUGGAGACUACGAUGAAAUCAAGAAAUGCUGUAAGAACUACAGGGUGUACUUUUCGACUCCGCGCAACGUCAAGCCAGGUCAAGACUACUUGGUUGAUCACUCUAUCUUCUUCUAUUUAAUGGAUCCUGAAGGUGAAUUCAUCGAUGUCUUGGGUCGCCAAUACGAUGCUGAGCAGGCAAUAGACAAAAUCAAGUCCAACGUAUCUGUCUACCAGCCUCGAGCAGAAAGAGAAAAGGCCAAGGCAGGGUGGUUGGGAUUCCUGUACAAAUAA